AUGCCUUCUACCCUCUGUCGGAGUCUUAUUCAGACGUAUCAUCUUCCGCCCAAUUUCUCCAUCAGGCCUGCGCCAAACGGCCCCAUCCAGCUCGGCAGCAUCCUCACCAACCUCCAAGAUGUAGAGGUCCUCAACUCAGACUGCCGCGUGCCUAUUGAUGAAGCAAAGAUCUUCUCUCACGCUCAACAGGGGUUUCAGGCAACGGCGUCCCAUAUGAGGAGAGGAGAGUUGGGCAUAUGGGCCAAAGCAGUCGGCUUCGAGGGUCUUGGUGGCGAGUUGGGCGGGUCACGAGAGACAAGCAGAGAGUGCAAGUACAACUUCCGCCGCCUUGACACUCUUUACUUCUCCCCCUCACCAACCUACCGUCGUGCCACCAUGAAAGAACUUGAUGUGGCAGAGUACGUUGAGGCUACGGGCUGGGCACCGGUCUAUCUUGUGACGGGGCUCAAGGUUGCCGUCCAGCCAUCUGUCCAGAUGAGCACUUCGAAAAGUUUUGCCGCUCUUGGGGAUGCAGGGGUCUCAGAAGUGAUUGGGCUUCCAGUGAGCAUCGGUCCUCGUGUUGACUUCCAAAGCCAAGGCCAAUCCUCCGAGGGUUGGACAACAUCCGACGACUUCAUCUACGGAAUCAGGGUUGAGAAGCUUGUCUUCAAACGGCGAUGGCUUUCACUCCAGCGCCGUGACGAAGGCCCCCUGCAGUCCAAACUCUUCACCAAGGGAGCCCAGCUGGCUGGAGAGGGCGAUGGCUCUGACGAGGAGGAUGAAGAAGAUGAUAUUGUCGAGUUGGAGCUUGGCGAGCACUUGGAUGGUAUGGAAAAGGCCGCACAAACGGAAAGUGGGGAAGAGACCUUGUGGGUGCUACUGGCCAGGUUUGCUUAG